UUUCCGCAUUCUGUUGGAGGCCAUAAUCAGACAGAAAUAUCCCCCUUAAAGAACCUCUAAAACUGUCAGAAGGGGGGUGCUGGCCUGUGCCUAGGGGUGGCAUUGGCGGGCGUUGUCCGUGGCAACUGGGCCUUUGGCCAAUCAAUAAAAAAGUCAACAAGCAAGUCGGAAAUGUCGGCGCAGGGCGAUGGCACAGGAAUUUGGGUUGAUUACGUUCUAGCAUCGAAAUAAAUCCCUGUUUAGAGUGUGGCCUCAUUGGGCGAGGACUGGGACCCGAUUGCCCGUACACUGUCCCAUGAAGGAGCAGCAGCGACAGCCGAAGGAUGACCCCAAAGCGUAAGCGUCGCGGACGCAGCGAGUCCCGGGCCAGAAGCAAAGCCAAGCUGCAGGCAGAGCAUCUGCAGCUGCUGAAGGAACUGGAGUUGGCGGACAGCUGCUGCGACAUUUGCCACUGCGAUUGCUACAGUUCGCACGGCAGUAGUGGGAGCACGACUGGACGUGGACAGCAGUCCCAGCACGGCAAGGAGGAGGCGCUGCAUCAGUUGGACAAGGAGAUCCAGACCCUCGAGCAUUUGCAGCGCAGGGAGAGUGCCAGAACGGGUGCCGCAUCCGCAGGCAGAAGGAGUCACAGCAGUCAGCGACAGCGCAGUGCUUCCAGAUCUCCGACUGAGGGGAAAUCCUCGCGAGCCCAGAGCAGACGCGGUUCCGCAGAGUGCCAGACGCGUGCCUCCACAUCGGCCAGGAGUCGGAGAUCCAAGAGUGCCGGCAGCCAGAGGUCCAAGAGCGCCUGCAGCCAACGGAGCGACACCCGGCAGGGACAUCCGAAGGAGGAACAGGUGGAAGCGAAGCCCCAGCCACGACAGCGCCGCGGUGCUCAAAGGGAUUGCAAGAUGCUGCAGUACUUUCUGGGGCCUCUGGGAGAUGCCCCCGCCCUGUCCAUCCAUGGCAGAGGCAAAUCCAAGUCGCAGGAGAACAUGGCUCUGGUGCCACUCGGCCAUAAGCGAGGCGAUGGCAAAUCCCUGUGCGCCUCCAUGGCCAAUCUCUGCCUGGCGCCGACUGUGCGGGCCGCCUACCAGCAGAUCCCCGACCACGACCAGAAGAUCCUCAACCGAAUGGCCGUGAAGCGGAGCCAGCAGGCGGCGGACAAGGAGCACGCCUGGCUGGCGCGCAAGUACUGGGAGAACGAGCGUUUGGAGCGCCAACUGCUGAAGGUCGAGCAGGUGGAGGAGUACAAGCGGGCGGUGCAUGACAAACAGUUCCAGGACUACCUGAUGACCAAGGCUCGUCUCCAGGCUUUGGCGGAGCGGGAUCUGGCGGAGCUGCGGCGCCUGCGGGGCGCCCUGGAUGCCAAGGAUGCGGCGGCCAAGCAGCGACUGGCUUCCAUGCGGCUGGAGCGGGACAUGACCCUCUGCCAGCGGCGUUGCGAGGAGCUGCGUCGCAGCGAGGCCGUCACCGUGCACCAGGAGGAGCAGUACCUGGACUCCACCCUGCGCAAGCGCGACAUCUGCAUGCGGCUCAGCCAGCGCCUCCAUCGCGCCGACGAGCUGCGCGGCCAACUGCUGGAGGCCUACCUGCGGCGUCUGCAGCACGACAACUACGUGGAGCAGACCCAGCACGAGGAGCACUGGCGCGAGCGACAGCACCUCGAGCGGCUCAAGCAGGAGCAACUCAAGGAGGACAUUCAGCGGAAGAGGAGCCAAUCGCAGCGCUUCGUCGAGGGCCGACAGCGGCGACAGGAGGCCCGGUUCCGCACGGCCAAGAUCUCGGCCAGCCUGCGGGAGCUGGUGCGUCAGUCGGUCACGCCCGAAGGUGCCACCGGGUCCCAGGGCCCAGAUCAGCAGGCUCUCAACACGUAUGCCCAGCAGCAGGUGCACUUGGGCCGCCUCCUCUUCGAACGUUCGGCUAGGGAUUGAGGCUUAGGGCUGGCUGGCUACUGGUUGUGUAUAUAAUAUCGCUAAAUUGUUGUUGGUUUUUGUGUAAAUAAAUUGCAUUUGAGAUAUGAGAAAAGAUCAAAGGUUAGGUCAGAGAUGUAUCUGCUCCUAUAGCCUUAUCUUAUCUCAAAUUUUGGAUUAGAA